UUGUAGCUCACUUUUUUGUUUCUGGUCUUUUUUCAUGAGAUCAUUUUCUUUAUUGUUGUAUGUCUUUAAUAGAUUUAAUUUUAAAAAAUAUUUAAAAAGUAAUUUAAAAUUUGAGUCCUCAUUUUUUUUUGUAUUUCCUUGUAGAGAAUAAUGGUAUUGUGUUCAUUGUUUGUAAACCUUGCCAGUAUUUUAAGCACUCAUGAGCAACAGACGGGCUCUGGUGAGUUGCACAGUGCUUUCUCUGCAAGACUCUUGUUUUGUGUAUCCAUGCUGCAAAGGCUGUCUAUCCCGAUUAAGUCAGGAAAGCAAAAGGGCUAUAUGUGGAAGAUGUGGAUUCACUUGUGACUUACAAAACGUUGACUACAGAUACAGACUGUCAUUUAAAGUGUCCAGAAACCAAGACAUAUUUGGUGUGACAGUAUUCGGGGGCUGUUUAAAUCCCUUCUUUGGCAUUACUGCUGGUGGCCUUCAAAGAUGUAUUGAUUUGGAGAAAACUGAAGGCACACAUACUGUUCAACAACUCCUUGUCAAAGCUGUGGAAGACUGCUUUAUAGGAAGAUGUGUCAUUUUUGGAUUGAAGGUCCCUCAUAAUGUUGCCACUUCUUCGCUGUCUGGACAGUUAGUGGCCUGCCAGAUCAUUUCUCCAUUAUCUGUCCAUCACAACAGAAAGACUCACAAAGUUCUCAAAGAAAUGAACUCAGUUUUGAUUAUACUCCUCCAUCAUGUGCAAAGUUGGAUUCUCAACCCAGCAAUGAAGGAUUCACACUCUCAGGCACAUGGCAAUCACCUGGGUUAUGUUUCCCCCCGGAAGAAUUAAGUAAUGAUGUGUUACAGCAGUCCAGAGACUGUGAUCGUAAUAUUCUUUCACCAAAGAACGAGGAGACAAGAACAUGUAAAUGCACUUCCCAAAGCAACACCAGUCAUUUGAAGCAUGUUAAUUGUAUACAGGAUGAACUGAAGAACGAAACACAGAAGAGUCACAGGAAAUCUUUUUCCUCGAGCUGUGACAUGUUUGAAUCAUCAGUGCAUUUGAACAGUUCCACUGCAUGUGACACUAUAAGUCCACUUAGCACCUUGUCCUGUGGAAAUAAUACUGAAAUAACUAAAUCCGAAUGCCUUGUAAGAGCUAAAACCAGGGAAGAAUAUGAUGCACCUUUACACGAGAAGUCACUUUAUAGUCUUGAUUUAGAGUACGCACCUUUAUCCGAAAGCUUACAAGAUUUUGUCAGCGUGGAGCCUCAGAUAUCAGAGAUAAAUGACACAAAGGAGCUCAGUUCAGGUAAAAGUGAUCAAAUGAUUCAAGUACAAAAUAGAUGCUCUCUGACUGAAAAUUCAGCAAGCAUCUCAAAAAAUAUACCAAUGACUCUUUGUAGCGAAAAAUUGUCCUCACCAAUGUGCAAUGUGAACAACAUAAGUUGGAAUGAGAACAAUGAAAAUGACUAUCCAGAAAAUCUUGAAACUAAGAUGAACAAUGCUGAGAUCCAUAAGACUCCCACUCUUUUGUGCACUACCAGUUCUUCAAAAAAGAUGAUUCCUUUUAGUCCUGACAUUACAUGUGCAUUUAAUCGCUCUACAAGCAACAGGUUGUCGAACAAAAAAGGACUCACUUUAAAAAGAAAAAUAUUAACUAGGAGCAGACCCUCCGUGGCUUUUUGUUCAGUAAACCAUGAAAAGGGCAAAUAUUUCAGGCACUGUGCACAAAGUGAGGUCCAUUCUGUAAAUUGCAAAGUCAGGCAGGAACGUAUUGUGUUUGAUGACCAUGAAGAGAAGCACAAUUGCUCUGUAGACUUGUUUGCUUCUGGUGAGAGCAGUAUGGACAUGAACCUUUCGGAUGUGACAGAGAUUUCUAAAGGCAAUGAACCAAGGAAUGUCAAUACAUCAGAGCCUGGAGGUUCGGGUUCUCUGCUUUUUUCACCAUGUUUGCAAUCCACCCCAGUUUCUUAUUAUAACAACUCAUGUGGACAGAAGACCAGGCGAAGCCAAAAACGUGUAGACUCACUGUGCUCCGGAAAAAUUAAAUGUGAAUUUAAAAGCAAGAUCAUAGAUCUGAGGUUAAGUGAUAAAAGACAAAAGGUGGAUCAGUUGCCGAUUGUUGGGUCUACUGAGAGUUUCUCAGGCAAGUCUGACAUGCAGGAUGCAAGUUGUAAUUUGUCUGUAAAUGAGUGGUCCAAAGAUCUUUUUGAAAAUUC